AUGGAAGAUGAUACCUCGUUGACCGUUGACAUGGGUUCAGGGCCCCACACUUUCAGCGUUUGCAACCGAAUGCACGGGCCGCUAAUGGUUGGGCGCCAGCGCAGUGAUUGGCUGGUUGUUUCAGGGGCCGUAAAUUUUGGGUUGGCUGGCCUCUGGACUUUUGGAGCAUCAAAGUUUCGAAGCUGCAGGUGCUGCCUUCCCUGUCAGGGGAUCAUCCUCAGUGUUGGUGUCGGUGUUGAGCCUGAGAACAACAGCGACAACAACAACAACAACAACAACAACAACAACAACAUCAACAAAAACAACAACCACUCCGUCUCACCCCACUACUGUCAAGCCGUUUGCGCGUCUCUUACCUCAAAUUAUCAACACCAGACGCGACAUAUCGAAACCGACACCCACGCGACGCUCACGGCCGAUAUCACACACCUCCCAAGCGCGCAAGUAUCACGAAAGUAG